UAAAAUGCCACCCCCCACAAAGCCGUCGCCGUGCGCGGUGGCCACGAGCACCCGGCUUAAAAAGCGACGCCGGCCCAUUUGAUCGAGAGCGAGCGAGCGAGGGAGAGCAACCGGAACCGGAAGGCACCAUCGCCAGUACACCACCACCAACCACACAGAGCCAAGAAGAACUCCAAGAUCGCCUUGCCAGUAGCAACAUCUAGCGCCCAGGCUCAAUCCAUGAUGUGGGAUGGAGGCGUCGAGCACGGCAGCCAGGAGGCGGCGCACCAGCUGCUCCCGUGGCUCGGCGCGGCGCCGUUCGCCGAGCCGGCCGUGGCGGGGUUCGGCGCCAUGGGGGCCUACGGCGCCUGCGACGGCGGCGUGGGCGUCGCCGGCGGGCUCGGGCUCGGGCACGGCGGAGUGUUCGGGUUCGGCUUCGACGCGGUGCAUCAUCAUCAUCAGCAGCAGCAGCAGCGCGCGGCGGAGGGGAGCGGCAAGCAGGCGGUGGUGUCCGGGCUGCUGGGGAGCCUGCAGGCGGAGCUGGGGCGGAUGACGGCGCGCGAGAUGACGGACGCCAAGGCGCUGGCGGCGUCGCGGAGCCACAGCGAGGCCGAGCGCCGGCGCCGGCAGCGGAUCAACGGCCACUUCGCCAGGCUCCGCAGCCUCCUCCCCAACACCACUAAGACGGACAAGGCGUCGCUGCUGGCCGAGGUGCUGGACCACGUCAAGGAGCUGAAGCGGCAGACCUCGGCGAUGAUGGUGGCCGCGGCCGCCGCCGUCGCGGGCGGCGGCGGCGACGACGAAGGCGACGCCGGGCCGGCGCAGAUGCUGCCUACGGAGGCCGACGAGCUGGCCGUGGACGCGGCGGCCGACAGGGCCGGGCGGCUCGUGGUGCGCGCGUCGCUCUGCUGCGAGGACCGCCCGGACCUCAUCCCGGACAUCGUCCGGGCGCUCGCCGCGCUCCGGAUGCGCGCGCGCCGGGCCGAGAUCACCACGCUGGGCGGCCGCGUCCGGAGCGUGCUCCUCAUCACCGCGGACGAGGGAGCGGAAGAUGAUCAUCAGGGCUACGACGAAGACGAGGACGACGACGGGCGCUGCCCGAACGGCGGCCACGGGCGCGCGGCGUCGCACCGGAGGCACGAGUGCAUCGCGUCGGUGCAGGAGGCCCUGCGCGGCGUGAUGGACCGCCGGACGGCGAGCAGCGACACGUCGUCCUCCGGCGGUGGCGGCGGGAGCAUCAAGAGGCAGCGCGUGAACUACGGCGUGCAGGAGCAGUGCGUGUAGUCUAGCUUCUUGUGCUAGCUUGCUUCGUUCAUCAUGCUGUUUGUUAUGCUUUUGCAUGGAUGCACGCAUGGGAAUGCAGAGUUAUUUAGCAUAGCUAGUGGUACCAGUUUAGCAGUCGUUUCAAGCUUUGUUGCUGUGGUUUAAUUUCUUUAGGGUAUAAUGGUGGCGUGGGUGCAUCAGUGCAUGCCUCUGCAAGCAUGAUGGGAAAGGGAGGUUCAGGAGGGAGCGUUUUAUGUAUCCCUUUGUAUGUUCAUGUAUGUAACCAUGCUCUCAUGGUACCUGAUUACUGAAUUGGCAUGUCCUGGGGAAAAGGUGAUAUGGGUGUACAAAUGCACAAUCUCUCUUCGGUCGGGUAUAAUGCAAGGUGGAAUUGGUGGUACA